GUAGGUUUCCCUCAGAACUGCAAGACGCCGAUAUUGCGUUACAUUGUAGCAAAAUGGCGGCUGUCAUUCAGAAUCCACUAAAAGCGUUGGGCGACCAGUUCUAUAAGGACGCCAUUGAGCAGUGCCGCAGCUACAAUGCCCGCCUGUGUGCUGAACGCAGUGUCCGCCUGCCAUUCCUGGACUCGCAAACCGGCGUGGCCCAGAACAACUGCUACAUCUGGAUGGAGCGACACCACCGCAGCCCUGGGGUUGCAGCUGGACAGAUGUACACAUACCCCGCCCGCUGCUGGAGAAAGAAAAGACGGCUGCACACCGCCACAGAUCCUCGCCUGGGCAUCUACGGUCUCCAGCUCGAGGGUGGUAUCGUGUCCAGGGAGGCCUUGCCCGCUCAGAGCACCACGCUGGAGGCUCUGCUGCGAGGAGAAGGUCUCGACAAGAGGAACAACUCAAAGAACGAUGAGGAGAGCCUGCUAGAGAUCCAGAGGGUUUUGGAGGCAGAUGCAGCUGAAGAUGCUUUCAAUGAUGACGACGACUUCGAGGUAGACACUCCCAAGAGGAGACAUCGGGGCAAAGGAAGAGGUCGGGGUUCAGGCCGUAGGAAGACUGACCUGGAUGAUGAUAAGCCAUACGUCUGUGACAACAGAUACAAACAAAAGCCGAACUCAAAAUCUUCGACCUCAGUCUGUGCAAAGCGCUACAGGAACCGUACAGGACUAAGCUACCACUACACCCAUUCCCACCUGGCAGAGGAGGAGCGAGCUGGAGGGAGAAGCUCUAUGGCGACCAGACCCCCCACUGUUCAACAGACUGACAGACACAAACUGGGGUUGAAUUUCCUUGCAGGUCCAAAGGGUCCAGGUGGGGCCAGCAUUCCCAACAACUACUGUACUAAAUGCCAGGGCUCCAACAAGAAAACGGGUAAAUCGGGGACUCCCUACUCAGCCUGUCGAUGCACAAUUGACUGCAGAGAGGAGAAGGAAGACGGGACUUUUGCCGGAGCGGAGGAGCUGUUCGGCACCACCUCCGAGAGCGACACUUCCACCUUUCACGGCUUUGAGGACGACGAGCUGGAAGAGCCCGGCACAAACAGCAACGGAAUAACAAACCGACACAGAUAGAGAAAAACCUUUUAGAUCUAAAGACAAUUUUUUUUUUAUAAGGAUUAACCUCUGGCAAGAAUCUGCUGCUUCUUUUUCAAUGUUUUUCGUUUGCGGAAAGCACAAAGUGAUCAUUUCAGGACAGAAAUGCGAGUGGUAUUUUAUCUACUGAACAUUGUUGAAUAAUUUAUGAACACCUUUUUAUAUAUAAAUAUAUAUAUUAACUUUUAAGGCAAUGAACAACUGUCAGUGUUUCUUGACAAGGGACUUGGUCUCCAUGCAAAACAGAAAAUGAAGAUGUGUUUGGAGUGUUUUUUUUCUCCUCACUGGAGCAGAAGGAGCAGAAACGUUCUGAACAAAAAACACUGGAGAAAUUUGAACAAUUGAAAAUUUGAAAUGCAUAAUUAGUAAAUCAUCUCCCAAACAGUGUAAUUGGGAGCUGAUUGAAUGUCAUUGUAGACCCAUACUUAAGCUACUGGAUGUUUUUGAAUCGGUAGUCGCUGUGACGAUGAAGGUGUCUUUUUUUUGUUUUCUGCUCUAACUCUGGAUUAAACUUGUACGCAAUGAAGGAACUAAUGAAAGGACUUCCACAAGCCACUGGAAAUAUUUGGAAAUGAAGACAUUCUACAUAAAGUCUUUACCGUCAUAUUAAAAUGAAAGGAGCACUCAGCACAUUGGCAUAUGGCCCAGCAGAGGGGGCGACCAGUGAAGAAAACGAUUUAACUCUGAAAAACCUAAUGAGCCUUCAUGUCCCUCCUGAUCUGGGCCUAAAAUAACGGGCUGAAACGGAUGAAUGGACAUCCAGCUUUUUCUUCAGUCUGUUUGGCUUAAUUGAAGCAAAAGCUCCCCUGAUGAUGUGUAUUGAUCCCUUCAGAACAUUUGAAAUGUGAGUAGAUCCAGCUUCAUUUCAUCCUUCCUGCACUGUGCUGGAGCUCCACCACCAAACUACGGGAACACUAAAGGCCCGGCCUUUUGGACUCUCUGUGCCCAAGGGGUGCAUUUGGGGCCCAGCCUGCCCGCUCCCGCUCUGUGACUGUGUGUGCUGCGUGAUCCGAUGUGACACUAAGACGUCAUUAUCCUCAUCACUGUGCCAGCCCGCCGCUCUGCACUGGAAACCAGCUCUGACAGCCAUGACCCUCCAACCUGAUUGGACCAGUGACCCCUCUGACCCUCAGCCAUAGAGAUGGUGCUCAAAUCCACCAAUAUUACAUGAAGACCUCUGGAUUACUGUAUUAAUACUCUGACACAGGUUAUCUUUCUGCUUCUGUCCCUCCGUCUCUACUUCCUGAGCAACAAAUGAGUCGCAGUAAUUUAGCAAAUUUUUUGCAUCUUUUCUCUGUUGUAAAAUAUUUCUAUGUUUGAACUCUUUAACGUUUGACUAGUACGACUUCUUGGGUUUGUUCAGACUGUAUCAAUACCUCUGUCCUGAUCAGGUGCACAAUAGCCACAACUACUCAGGCAUCUUUCAUUUCCUCUGCUGUUGAUUGUUCAGCCACUCUGCCCUGAUUCACCUGAUUGUAUUCAGUUUGCACAGAGGGACAGUGACGCCACACAAGGACCCCGUUAUAAUCAACUCCCAUGAGGGAGUCGGGAUCCUGCAGUCUCAUGCUUUCAGAUAAACUUUGCAAUACCUUCAUGUGUGUCUGUUUUCUGCUGAUUUUACCUGGUGUCAUACUCUCAAUGACAAACCUCCAGUUUGUGUCUGAAGUCAACAGUCUUAGUAGAUUGUGAAUAGAAAGAAUCAUCUCCGGUCAACACCUUGUGAAAAGCAAAAACUGUAAGUCCAAGCUACAUGUGACAUUUUCCUUUGAGUGCUUUGAGGGCCUAAUUGCUUUAUGACAUUUAGAAGGUACUUGAAGUUCUGUAUCAAAAAGCCUGUUAGGUCCAUAGGUUGUAGAUACUGUGUGAGAGCUCUGUGUCCUUCCAUGUGAUUAUUCAGUAUCACUGCAAUGUAAUAACAGCCGCUCCGUUUUUGAAGCUAACCAUUAAUCCUAUGUGUGUGCUAUGACUUGUUGCAUUCAAACCAUAUUUCUUCACUUCCCUCAGGGACCCUUCACACAGCAGUUUAUCUCCUCCUGACAGAGAAUGGAUCUGAGACUUCACAAUUAUCUUGUUUCCACAGUGAAAUGGGUCAUUGUGUCUUUAAAUCUUCCAAAGUCAUACCUGUAAGUGAAAGCAUGUCAUCCAUCAUAACCUGCUUAAUGUUACCUUCCCCCCUUUAUGAACAGGCCUCGAGUGAUGCAGCUCUGAACAAAGGAGAAGCUCCUGCAAAUGCAAAAGUCAGUGAUGUCUGCUUUUGAGUAAUGUGUCACCAAUCAUUGAAUAGCCUGUAUACCUCGUCAAAGACACAGCAAUAGGCCCUGGUACUCUCCUGUCAAGCCUGCAGGGGGGUGGAGAGGGAGGAUCAGGGUGGGAUCGGAGCCAAGAGGAGAUGAAAUGGACAUGACUUGGCGUUUUGUUUCAUCUUCAGCUGUAAAUAUAUGAGUGGAAAUGGAGAGAAUGAUGAAGUCUUUGUUUGUUAAACUAUUUUUAUUGUUCUGAAAAAAAUAAAGGAGAAAAAGAACGGUAA